CGGGUCGCAUGAAUCCGGUGCAAGUGUUUCCAUUAAAGCCGCUCCACGGUCACGCACUCUGAUCUUCAGGUGACUUGGAAGGAAGGAGACGGAAGAUGGCGCCGAGACGCACGAGGAACGCGGGGAAUGUCCCGAACACAGAACCGCUGAGACGCAGCAGACUGGCUCUGUUCAUCCAGCAGUUUGAGAAAGACGCCCAAGAACGCAUGAAUGAGCUGGAGGCCAAACUGGACAACAUGCUGUCCACAGUGGACAAGGUGUUCGAGGUGGAGCUGAUGAAGAUGCCUCCUUCUUUUCAAAACACCCGCAUUGGAGAUUUAAUCAGUGAGGAGGAAAUCUCAGCCAGUGAGGUAUCCAUUGCCAUGAAGAACGAGUCCCUCGAGAUGCACCAGCCCCUCAAGAGGGCUCACAGUAAAAGAGUCAAAUCAAGUGCUUCUGCCACAGUUCAGUCUGCUUCAGCCCAGAGGGCCUCACACAAGACCUCAAAGGCAGGAAACGGUGCAAACAGGACCAGAACAUUAGCCGGCAGUAGCAGCACAGGAAAUAUCCGAGGCUCUGCAGUCACUGCCAAGAGGACUCAAAGCCGCUUGACAAAAACCAAUGAGCAGGCACCAGCCAUCAAACCCAAACUCAGGUCGGUCGUUUCUGCUGGUGACCUGCACUGUUCAAUGGCCGGCUCGGCUGCGCACAUCACCGUCACGACAGCACAGGGGCAGACCCUCAGCUUCUCUGAAGAGACCAAGGAGGAAAUAAACCUCGACAUGCUGGAUGACGUGGCAUGGUGCCAGAUUCAGAAGCUGACGAAUCUGAUGAAGUAUCUGUCCAGGCGCAGUCGCUGCCAGCGAUGAGUCAGCGAUGCCUUGAGACACUUGGAUCUUUUAAGUGUUUUAAAAAAUUUACAAUAAAGCAUAUUUGCAUUAUCCUACAUGA